AUGGAGCAGAUCAACCGCAAGCUGUUGAGCUCUGUAUCCGACCUCACUCAACAGGCCUACGAACUCAGGGUGAAACUGUUGCAACACACCGACUGUAACUGUCACCAGAUUCAGGAAUAUAUCGCCAAGGAAGCCACUCGAUACAUUCACGACUUAGGCAACGACAAGAAACAGCAGACGACUACACCUCAUUCCCCUCGACAUUUACGUCAUUACCAAUAA